GAAGAAUAUAUAAUGGGUUGUUGAGAAUAUCGCAUCAAGCAAACAAGGCUUUUGAGGCCACCAGGAAACUUUCAGCAACAGUGGUCCUCCAGUGGUCAGUCGAAAUUGAUACGCUGCACAACAGUCUGCGUGUUGUUCGAUCGAGCCUUCCGAGCCCGAGCUGUCAUUUAGUCAUACUACACUGCUAGCAUCGCCACUAGCAAGGCCAGCUCAAGGUGAGCAACAAUCUGGUAGAUCCGCAAAUGCGGACUCGAGCUCUACGGAGUCUGUAGAUGGAGCUUCAGACCUAUGAAGUCAUUUCCUGACACUCACCACGAUGCGCGGUACUAUUUUCCAUGCUCCUCAUCUGAAUUCAACGACCAUCAAAAUCUGAGGCAACCAUCAAUCAGUGCCCCUAUCUGCGCCUAGUGUGCUGUUUAAUUCCAAGCGGCUUGGCUGCUCAGCAUCAUGGUUGAUGCUGCUUGGCUGCCACCGGCGGUGCGCAGAGAGGCCACACAACGCCUUCUUCUGCUCUGCGUCAUCACGGCUGUUGUUUUAGGGGGUCCUCUGCUGGUCACCAGUGGCGGCUGUCAGCUGGGGAGUCUUGCGAGCUUUCGAAUCGCACAGAUCGUCUUGGAGUCGAGUAACAGCGCUCCCGUCACUCCCAGCGGUCUGAGUCAACCAGAAGAGACACGAACUCACGCUUUAGCACUUCUGCGGGCGCAGUCCUGGGGCUCCGCCUUCCACCAAGCAAAGCUGCUGGAGACAGUUGGUUAUAUGGGCGAGGAGGAGCGGCCCACUGGGCUUUGCUACGAAAACCGAUCCAUGGCGGAUUUCACCAUCCAAGCGGAAGAUUUAAGAGCACAGAAUGUCAGCACCUUUGUGCCCCUCUACUUCAACAUUCAGGAAGCGAAGGCCCCCUCUCCCGGCAAACGUGGGCUUGGAGGCAAAUACUUCUAUAUCAGUGUGGAAGGGAGGCCUUGGGCAGAUCCUGGCACGGUGGUGCGCCUGCCACAGCCCCUUGUUUGGGAUCACAGCAAUGGAUCUUACACGGUUGCCUUUGAAGUCUAUGACGAGGACGUCACGUACAAUAUCACUGUUUCUCUGUGGCAUGCGGGGUAUGCGGGGUACCUGGGGAAUCUGAGGGAUUUCCACUGGGGCGACUGCUGCCCAGCGCUGCCGCAGAUGACAUUCCUAGAGUCCUUCACCUUUUCUACCAGAAUUAUGAGGCCUGACCAAGCCAACGCAACAACAGCGCCGAAUCACGGACAAAGCCGGGGUCGGUGGUUGAACGAUUAUUGGGAGCCUGCCGACUGCCCCUACACGCAGUUUAGUAAUGAAAGCCUGAGGCAAUGUGCGGAAAGAAACGGGCCUUUUCACAUUACGUUAGUGGGAGAUUCGUUGAUGCGGGGGCUCUUCUUUGAUACGCGGGAGAUCUUGUCCGGCAAGCGGCCGGACCAAAGCCAGGCGGGGCACCAUGACGAGGAACCGGUGGAAGAGGCGCCCGGCUUCACACUUGAAUUCAAGUGGACUCCACACUCGGCAGCUCUGCACCCGCGAUUACAGAAUGGGGACUUUUUCAGUAACACCUCGUCCGUCCUUGUAUUCAACACACUGCAAUGGGACCUUGCGAGACCCUCGCCGAGUGGAUGA